AUGCCAACUACAGCUAGCUUCAACCUAGCAGACAGUCUUUUGGGUGACAAUACUGGAGUUAAACAAUUCCAAGUUCAACAUAGCAAACAAUUAAUGUUCUCUGUGACAAUGCUAGAGUUAAACUAUGCCAACUACAACUUCAACAUAGCAAAUGACAUUCUCUGUGACAGUGCUAAAGUUAGCAUUGCCAUAGAGGACAUCGAAAGAACGGGCAUCAUCAAGGAGGGAUCUAUUGAAGUGGAGUACGCUAACACACGAUGUAAUGGAGUUCAUGGCCUGGGAAUCACUAGCGAUAUGUUGCGGAAGAGAAAUUACAGUGCCAUUAUUGGUCCUCAGUGUUCACAAGUGUGCAGUUUUGUGGGACGACUAGCUGCUUAUUAUAACAUUGCGUGUUUCUCAGGAGUUUGCCAAGAUACAGAAAUGCUCAAUAAAGAUGUGUUCACGACAUUGACAAGAUUCUUAGGAACUUUUGAUAAAGUUGGAUUAGCUGUAAGUGGUAUUAUGAAAUCCUUUUCCUGGCAUCGAAUUGGAAUAAUUGCUCAAAUGCAUACGGACAAGAUCUGGAUAUACACAAGAGAUGCCAUUGAAAGCAUGGCGUCAGCUGAUGGAAUGAAUGUUGCCAUUUCUAAAACCAUAAACGAAACCGACGACCUAUAUAAAACAUUAGAGCAAGUUGCAUUAACAUCUAGAAUUAUUGUAUUGGCGGUUAGAGGGGAGACACUGCGGAAAAUAAUGAUCCACGCUUAUGAUAUGGGUCUGAUAAAGCAGAAAUACAUGUUUAUCUGUGUAUACUAUUACUUCCAUAAGAACACAUUUGGCGACAUUUCUUGGAAACAGAAUGAUACUGAUGAUGAAAAGGCUAAAAAUGCUUACCAGUCAAUAAUGUUUAUCUCGUAUUUUACACCAAAUACGAACGAUUACAGGAACUUUACUGAAAGAGUUAGAAUGAAGUCACUAGAAUUGUUUAAUUACACGUACAAAGCUGAUGAAGAGGUUCCGUAUCCAGCCUCCAAUCUUUAUGAAGCCAUGUACACGUAUGCUAUAUCUGUCAACAUGACAUCAACAGAGGGAAAGGAUUCGUCUGAUGGCCAACUGAUUGCCUCAAGAAUAUGGGGGAAUACGUUUACAAGCGUUACGGGGAAUAUUUCUCUCAAUGCAAAUGGCGACAGACAACAGGGCUACAAGAUAGAACAGAUCCAAACUACAUCCGACUUUCAGUUAAUGACUGUUGGCUAUUUCUUUACUGAAAAUGGUGUUUUUCGAGAAGACCCUCUCCAUAAAAUACAGUGGCCCGAUGGACUGGAGCCACCUUUAGACACACCGCACUGUGGAUUCCUGGGAGAAUAUUGUGAUCACCACCUGGAGAAGAUGAAUACUUUAGAAAUCGUGGUGGGAGCCCUGGGCAGUAUUCUGGCAGUGGUUGUCAUCCUCAGCAUCGUCAUCCCAAGAUUUGUAGUAACACGAAUGAAAAGAAAAGCUAGUGAGAGUGUCUGGAGAAUUAAAGAAAGCGAUAUACUUCCCACCAAAAAAUCGGCGUUUUCAAUGUCAAAGAUAUCACUACGUUCAGACGCUCACACCAUUGAGAGAUGUCUAGUUUCUACAGCUAUGUACAAGGGAACUACAGUAGUACUUAAAAAGUAUGAAGUGACAGAUUCUUCCUAUGACGUCAGAGAAUUAAAGCAGAUUCGAGAACUAGACCAUUUAAAUGUAGCCAAAGUCAUAGGGUUUUGUGUGGAUUCUUCAAAGAUUACAGUGGUUGAAUAUUGCAGCAAGGGGAGUUUAAUGGAUAUACUGGAAAACGAAGAUAUUAAAAUGAAUUGGGAUUUUCGUUGCUGUCUUUUAUGGGACACAAUCAGAGGUCUUGAAUACAUCUUUAGCUCAAAUCUUCGUUACCAUGGAAAUCUGAAGAGUUCUAAUUGUGUAAUUGAUGGUCGCUUUGUUCUCAAAUUGACGGAUUUUGGACCACGUUGCUGGAUUGAGAAGAAAACGAAAUGUGAAAGAGAUUUAUUAUGGACUUCACCAGAGAGACUGAGAUUCAGAACUCUUCAAUCUCCAGGAAACUAUCAGCAAUCGGACAUGUAUUCCCUAGCUAUUGUAAUGCACGAAUUGUUUGAAAGAAAUGGUCCAUUUGGAGUCGAAACAAUUCAGCUACAGCCUAUUGAAAUUAUAGAGCGGUUAAAAGGUCCAGAUGCCAUUAGUUUUCGCCCUAAAUUUGAAACCAAUGGGUGUCCCAGAAAGCUACAAGCUUUAAUAUCCAAAUGUUGGGACGUGAACCCAGAAACUAGACUCACUCUUAAAGAGUUGAAAAAGAGCAUCAAAAUUUCUACGGAUGUCAAGGCCGAGAAUUUCUUCGAUAACCUUCUGAACAGAAUGGAGCAGUACGCUACAAACUUAGAGGACCUCGUGGAAGAGCGAACGUCAAAAUACCUACACGAAAAGAGGAGAGCUGAAGACCUUCUCUAUCAACUGCUACCACAGUCGAUUGCUCAUCAGAUUCAAUGCCAGGGAUUUGUGGAGCCUGAAUCGUUCGAGUCUGUUACCAUUCUGUUUACUGAUAUUGUACAAUUUACAGCCAUUUCUUCCGAAUCAUCGCCAUUACAGAUUGUGGAGAUGUUGAAUGACCUGUAUUCCAGUUUUGACGAUAUAAUUACCUCAUAUGAUGUGUACAAGGUGGAGACUAUUGGGGAUGCCUACAUGUGUGCCUCUGGUCUGCCUCAGAGGAAUGUUUAUCAUCAUGCAGAAAUGGCCAAACUUAGCAUAUCCAUAAUGAGGACAGUCAAUAAAUUCAAAAUACGUCACAGGCCGCGUAAAAAGCUCGAACUGCGCGCGGGAAUCCAUUCAGGUCCUUGUGUUGCUGGUGUUAUUGGUGUCAAAAUGCCAAGAUACUGCUUGUUUGGUGAUACUGUGAAUACGGCUUCAAGAAUGGAAAGUACUGGUGAAGCUUCAAAAAUACAAGUAAGUGGUUCCACUGCAACACUCUUAAAGGACUCACCUGAUGUUCAUCUCAGCACAAGAGGAGAAAUCUUUAUCAAGGGUAAAGGAGUAAUGCUGACAUACUGGUUAGAAUGGAGGGAGGUUGGUACUAAAAACUUGUCAAGUUUAGAGGAGUCGACUUUGGAAUCAUCGCAGCACUCAAUGUUGAACUGUAAUGAACAACCUGCAGGCUUGAGUAAUCACUUCACUAAUGUACUGUUAUAACAUAUACAUAAAGAGAUUUCUUCUGGUUUCUUUUCAACACAGUUUUAAAUUCUAUCUGUAUUUAUAACAACCUUUCACAAUGAAGACUAACCAGCAUAAUUUUAUUUUUAAAAUGAA